AUGACAAGACCAAAGUCCCAGAGCCACCAACAAUCCAUUUCUCCCAUCAAACACUGGGGCGAGUUCUAUAAGAGAGCCAAGGGUAUCAAGAGCACGGCAUGGGAUGCUUUGCGGGUGGAAUGGGGCAAUUGGAAGUUCAUUGCUGAGGAACGUCAGAAAUAUCUAGACAACGACUCUUUCUGGGAGGCCUUCAGUGACGGGAAUGGGAGGAAAUUUUCUUAUCAGCAGAUCUUGAACCGUCUUGCAGAGUAUCAGAUUUCUGCAGUAGCUCAAGAUGCCAACGAUGCGCGAACAUUCUUUCAUGGCAAUCUCAACCACCCUAUGGCUCGUCGUGCCUUUUGUUACACCAAGGCUGGCAAGACCUAUUUAUCAAGCAAGGAUGAUGCUAUUGCAAGAAAAUGGCGCGAGCUGUUAGCGACGCGCCCUGACAUUGGUAACAAUGUGCAAACCAAGUCAUUCCUUCCAAUUCACUUCCUCCGAGUUGGUGACCAUGUCACCCCCAACACUCAAUAG